AGGCUAUCCAGAUCGUCAAAGCCACCUGCAGACGACUGGUCAAAGCGCGGAAAAAAGGAUUGCCACAGAAGACUCAAACGCUACAAUAGCAAAAGACAACAACUACACGACAAACUGAACCAACUGAUACCUUCUGAAUUACUUGACACUAUUACGACUAUUGCCGACAAACGAGGCAACAAAGCGACUGAACGCGCCCGUACUGGAAAUAAACAGAAACUGACACGACUUCUACGCAACAAAGAACAGAGACGAAGUAAACCGGACGACAACUGGGUAAGAAACAUCUCUUCCCGUCCCUUAGACAAGAAUGAAACUCGCGGACUGUCAUACGGACUGAAACACUCAGUUACUCCGAAACGGUUACCGACCGAAGCUAUUGUAUCUAGUGUUGAGGCGGCUCUGUCUCGACAACGAGAGCUACCUGAGUCUACUAAGGAUAACAUCAGAAGUAGAAUUGCUUCCACUAUACAAUCAGCGUCACUACAUGACAGCAACUUGACUAAAGACGAACAACAUGCCCUUAAACGACCGAGAAACGACAAGGACAUAGUUAUUCUACCAGCUGACAAAGGACGAGUCACUGUUGUCAUGGACAAGACUGACUAUCACGACAAAAUGGACGCACUUGUUAACGCCAAACAGACUUACAGAGAACUCAAACGUGACCCGACUCCUGCGCUUCAACGCAAACUUAACAGCACAUUACUGACACUCAAGAAGACGAAGGCCAUUGACACCCAACGCUACUAC